AGGAAACCUCACCCCCGAUUCCUCUUAAAAUUGGAAACUCUUAUCAUCAUUGAUGACGGAGCAAGUUCAUGUUGGCAUUGAUAUUGGCACAACUUCGGCUAAAAUUUGUGCAAGGAAUGGGGAAAACGUAAUCCUAGAAUUCAAAAAAAUCUACGAAGGUGACAAUUCUGAUGCAGCUGGACUUCAAAAUCCGAAGAUUAUAAUUCAAACUGUUUUGGAUUUGUUGGAAAGAACAAAAUCUAAUUUAGAAUCGCGAAAUCUGAAAAUAUCCAAUAUAUGGACGUGUGGACAAAUGCAUGGAAUUGUCAUGUGGAAGCAACGACAGAAUGAAAUUGAUUUAGAGACCCUAACCAUCUCACCAUUGUACAAUUGGACAUACAGUUCUACGGAGCUCCCAGCGUUUCUAAAAACUAUUCCUAAAUGGGAAUGUGGAGAUUUGCAUCCAGGGUUUGGUCUUGUUACGCUGGCGUUUUUGAACUACAGUAAUCCGGAAUUUUUAACGAAUUUUAUACAUUGUGGAACCAUAAUGGACCUAUUCAUCUCUAUUUUGACACAAAACCCGGACCCCCUCAUCUCUCACCACAACGCUCACAGCUGGGGUUACUGUACUGAAAACGCUACGUGGCAGUCAGAAAUUUUAGAUUUUCUCCCUAAAACUCUGAAACUACCUGACAUAAAUUCUUCCUCUGAAGUUUCGGGGACUUGGCACGGUGCCAAGUGCCACGUGGCAUCAGGAGAUUUGCAAGCUUCCGUGGCAUCGCUGGAUUAUUAUGAAAAUACCGCUUAUGUAAUCCUCGGCACAUCUGCUCAACUAUGUUGCCUUAUUCAAACUUCGGAAAAAAAUGCUACAGUAAUCCCGGCUACCGUAGUCCGGCUGCCAUUCUCCACGUCGAAAACUCUGGUGGCCGCCUGCGCAAUGAACGGGGGAAAUGCUCUGGAAGCGACGUUGAAGAUGAAUUCUCCAGAAGUCUACAGUUCAAAUCGUCUGCAAGAACUCCUUAAUCAACUCGAUAAAUCAGCUCCUGCUAUGCCUCCGAACCUCCGAAUCGAUCCGAUCUUCAUCCCGGAGCGUGGAAGUUCUAAAACCUUCUCAAUUUCUGGCACUUCAGAUGAUCCUCUCCAACUACUCGAGGCGACUCAUCAGGGGAUUAUCCGAAAUUUGUUCGAGCUUUUCCCGAUCCCACUGCUGAAAAGUCUGAAAAUCCGACGUGUGGCACUUGUCGGUUCAGCGCAAAGCCCUCGUUUCCGUCGACAUUUGGAAGAAGCUUGCGGUUCGAACAACUUCGAGUUACUGGUGUCAAGCUCACCGAUUUCAACACCACUUGGAGCAACCAAAUUCUUCUAAAUUUACAUUAUUUAUUUUCGGGUUUCCGGAGUUGGAACUGAUACGUGAUACAAUAAAUUGGAGGGUAUUUCUGCAAUCAAAAGAGACAAAACAAA